AUGGCGUUUGUGCAGUGCACGGCUAUCCGGCUGCUGUUCAAAUGGAAAGUCCUCGAGAAUAUGCCUGCCGAGGGCACCAUCUCGUACAAGGAGUUGGCGGCCAAGGUUGGCGGCGACGAGAAUCUCAUUACCCGCCUAUGCUGGUUCCUAGUUGCCACGGGCAUGCUGAAGCAAGAGGGCGCAGACCAAGUCGCCCAUACGGCGCGGUCCCGGCCCUAUGCGAGCGUCAAUCCGCUCAGUGCCAUGCUACAAAUUGGAUUUGACGAGUACCUCCCAUCCUUCCUCCAUAUGCCGAGCUACUUCGACAAGUACGGCGUACGCGAGCCGUCGGGCCGCCUGCACAGCAUCAAGGCGUCUGCUGAGGGCCGGCCCGAGCUAACGGCCACUGAGAUCAUGUACGCGCACCCGGAGCGUGUCGCCAACAUGACGCUCGCCAUGUCGUCUAUGGAGAACAUGUACCCACUGGCGGGUGUGUAUGAUUACAGCUGGGUCGCCGCUGCCAGGGACGCGGACCCAGCCCGCACCUUGAUUGUCGACGUUGGCGGCGCCAAGGGGCACACGCUCGAGGCCAUCUGCAAGGAGACGCCGGGGCUGCCCAUCGAGCGCUGCGUAUUGCAGGAUUUGCCCGAGGUUAUUGAUGUGGCCAAGCGUAUGGUAGGGGCAAGCAGUAGCCCAAGUCCGAAGAUGGUGGCGAUAGACUUUUUCAACGAGCAGCCUGUCAAGGGUGCCCUGAUAUACAUUAUCCGCCGCUGUCUUCAUGACUUCAGCGACGAAGAAUGCGUCGAGAUCUUGACCCAUCUCAGCGGCGCCAUGGCAUGUGAUAGCAGGCUUCUCGUCGGCGAGACGGUGUUGAGCAACCCACCGAGCCGACCUACGGCCAUGGUGGAUUUGCUGCUGUCGACCAUUGGGGGCAAGGAGCGCACGAUUGAGGGCUUCAACAAGGUUGCCGAGCGCGCAGGAUUGAGCUUGUCAGGCGUACACAAGGCGUCUUUUGGCGACUUCUCCAUCAUUGAGUAUAGCAAGGUAUAA